AUGCGUUUUGUGAGGAACGCCUCCCUGUGGGGGCCGCUGCUCAUCUGGUGGUUCUCCACCCCGGCGCUUGGAUUCACACACACAUGUGACUUCAACCACGAGAUAAGUCUCGAAUUUGGAAAAGGUCAAACGGCGAAUAAGGAGAAGAUAUGCAGUCUAAAACCGGAUGUGCUAGAUAAAGUCGUCAUAAAAUGUGGGUCGGAAACACAAAACUACGAAUUGCUUCCAGACAACUGCUUUGAAAAUGUAUAUACGUCUAAAUCGAUAAAUGCAAACGGACAGCAAUUGGUGAAAUAUGUUCACGGAGCUGCCGCCAUUAUGAAGAGAAAACAAAAGAAAUACAACUCAACAGAAAGGAAGAACUACGACGAUGUAUCCUUUCGUGUCCCACCAAAUCUGGGCAACGAAGAGAAGGUAGUGUACUGCUUCUGCCAGAAUAAAGCCAAAAUUAGGGUCCGAAAUAAGAAAGGAGGAGAAGAAUACGAUAAAGAGAUUUUUAACAUCGGAAUCGUCGAAGUUAUAAUUCCACCCCUUCCGAAAAAAAUCGACGGCUGUGACUUCACCGAAAAUACAUCGCCCUUGUUCACUAAGGGGUAUAAAUCAGACGCUAACCAGACCACUGAAAAUAAAGACGAUGUCAUUUGUCGAAUUAGAGCUAGGGAAGGGAAGUUUAUUGGCUUUAAGUGCCCAUCCAACUUUGCCAUCGAACCUGAGGAAUGCUUCAUACAAGGAUUUAACCUCACUGGAAAGAGGGAGCAACUUCAGUCCAAGCUUCCCCUCACAGAUUUAGUCUUAGAUCACUACAACAAGGUUUUUUAUGCCCGUGCUCCCGAGACGAUAAGGGAGAAUAUGCACUUCUUCUGUGCAUGUGUUUUGGAGGGAAAGAGACUGGUUGCUGACUUUGAGUUUAUUGCCACUCCAGAUCAUGGGAAUCGUACGAGUGAUGUAGAUUACAAUGGGCAAUCUCCGAUCCGCAAUGGUGGGACGGCAGCAGCCAUUGGCCACGGUCUGCUCCUCCUGCUUCUGCUCUCAGGAGUGCUCUACUUUAUGGGGUAG